AACUUUUCAUUGACUUUGCUCACUUCGGGCCGGGGCGCGGGAAGGUGCGGCUCGUCGGCUGAGACCAGCCCAGCGGCUCGGGUGACGCGCGGGGCCGGAAGGGCAGGACCGCGCGUCGGCCACCUCCCGGAGCCGUCCUCCUCCGUCCCUCCCGCGCCUUCGCUGCCGCCGGCCGGCCCUCCGUCCCUCCUCCCCGCGCCACCGCCGAGCCCGACCCCCAAGGAAAGCUCAAAGAAUUAUUAUUAACAAUCUUAGUCCUCCCCACACACACUUCCUCCUUCGCCUCGUCCCCCGCCGCCCGCCCCGCAAAAAAAAAAAAAAAAAAAAGAACCGCAACGACGAUAAGGACAAGGACACAUCUGCUCCCGGACCCAGCGGACACUCAGGAAGGACCGCCGCCCCGCGCUCAGGACCACCCUGGAGGGAGCGGCCGCCCCGCUGCCGGCGAAGCCCGAAGCUAGCCAGAGCCCACCUCAGCCCACCUGCUGUCCUGUGUCCCUGCCUGUGGCCUGUGCGAGUGCCCUGAGCUCACUGUCUGCUGCGAGGGGACCAUGCAGCUGGAGAUCAAGGUGGCCUUGAACUUCAUCAUCUCCUACCUGUACAACAAGCUGCCGCGUCGCCGGGCUGACCUGUUCGGGGAGGAGCUUGAGCGGCUUUUGAGACGGAAGUAUGAAGGCCACUGGUACCCCGACAAACCGCUGAGGGGCUCCGGCUUCCGCUGCGUCCACAUUGGGGAGGUGGUGGACCCUGUGGUGGAGCUGGCUGCCAAACGCAGUGGUCUCGCGGUGGAGGACGUGCGGGCCAACGUGCCCGAGGAGCUGAGUGUCUGGAUCGACCCUUUCGAGGUGUCCUAUCAGAUCGGGGAGAAGGGGAGCGUGAAGGUGCUAUACCUGGACGACAGUGAGUGCAGUGGUGCCCCAGAACUGGACAAGGAGAGCAAGAGCAGCUUCAACCCCGAUGCUCAGGUGUUCGUGCCCAUUGGCAGCCAGGACAGCUCCCUGGCCAGCUCGCCGUCGCCGUCCUUCGGCCAGUCACCCAGCCCCACCUUCAUUCCCCGCUCUGCCCAACCCAUCACCUUCACCACUGCCUCCUUUGCUGCUACCAAAUUCGGCUCCACCAAGAUGAAGAAGGGGGGUGGGGCCGCGGGGGGUGGGACAGGUGGUGGGGCCAGUGGCCAGCAGCCCCCGCAGCCGCCGCCUCGCCCCGCCCGCUCGCCCACCAGCAGCCUGCUGAAGCAGAAGGGCUUGUCUCUGUCCGUGCAUUCACUGAACUUCAUCACGGCCGGCCCAGCCCCUCAGUCCCAGCUCUCUCCCAAUGCCAAGGAGUUCGUGUACAGUGGUGGCAGCGGCAGCGGUGUGGCAGCUGGCCUCUUCCUGGGCGGGGCCGAGGCCCAGGGCAGCGGUGGGGCCGGCCCCUGCCACAGCAGCAGCUUUGAUGUGGCUCAGGUGUUUGGCGGGGGCACCAACAGCCUCUUCCUGGAGAAGACCCCCUUCGUGGAAGGCCUCAGCUACAACCUGAAUACCAUGCAGUACCCGAGCCAGCCCUUCCAGCCUGUUGUGCUGGCCAACUGAUCCCCGACUCCCGCUCAGGGCCCAGGAACCCCAGACCAGGGAGAAGGGCAAGAAAAGGAAAGGCCAAAAAAAAGAGGAAAAGAAAAAUAUACAAAAAGAUUUCUAAUCUGCUCCCUCUCACCUCUAGAGGAGACAGAGUCCGGGCGUGGGGCGUGAGGGGUUCCCCUGGGUCCUGGCUUCCCACCCGCCUGCGGUCCUGCCUGCCUCGCUUUAUGAGCUUGGUUUGGGGUUUGUAUUUUCCUUUUCCAUGUAGUGCUCUGGAUGCCAUCUUUAAUUACCGGUCCCUGUGCUAAGCGUGGCCAGGGGAGAACUGCUCCCUCGCCCUCCUCCAGCCCAGUGCAUCCAGGCUCACAGGGAGGAGGAGCCGCGGCGGGCCUGACCCCUCUCUGCCCACGGCCCUUCCUCUGUCCCCAGCUGGCCUCUCUCCAAGUCCUCCCACAGGCAGCUCAGACCCCAGCCCUCAGACCCUCGCAGCCGCAGCUGGGGCCAGCUGAUCCCUUCUCGGGAGUUAACCUGGGACUGCAGGGAGGUUAGAGCCUCAGCCUCCUUGAAUUCUUUCAUCUCUGUGGCCCUGCUGCCCCCGCCAGGCUGGGGCCUCCUGGUGCCGAGCGCCCAGCCUCACCCUCAGGCAGCAGCCGCUUCUGGGCCUGCGGCCAAAGAUAGAGAGGUGAGGGUGUGUGUGUGUGUGUGUGUGUGUGUGUACUUACUAUGGCUUGCUCUCCAGGAUUCCAAACAACGAGAAGCCUUCCCUGUUGGUGUGGUUUUGGAUCAGAGCAAGUGCUGGUUCCUGAGGGGUUGGGAGGCUUCAGGCCUGGAGGGCAGCCUCAGCCGAGCCUGUACCAUCCCCAGGGGCCAGCUGUGGCAGGAGCAGGCUCCCGAGCUGCUGAGGAAUCUGCACUUUAGUUUUGACCAAAAGUUAGUUCUGCAGAGCAGAGGGAAUGCCCAGGCACAAUGCCUGCAGGUGGGCCCUGGACUCCAGUUCUCCUGUGGUGUGACCUCAGGCCCCUGCUCGGCUGGGGGCUGCUCCGCUGAGGCCCCUGCCAUGAGAGUAGGCGGCCAGGAGAUGGGCAUGUGCCCAUGUUGGGGAUCCCAGACCUUGCAUUGCGACGUCUGCUGCCCUUGAGCCCCCACCAGCCUGGGAGUGUCUCACCACCCUGAGCCAGUUCCACUGGACCGUGAUGCUACAAGAGCGGUCCCUGGGCACCCCAGCAGUGCUCGCUCGCUGCCUCUACCAGGGGAGGGUGGCUUCGCCAGCCCCAGGGGACCAUCUGGGAGCCCCAACCCCAGCACAUGGGACACUUAGCACACGCCCUGCUGCAUGCUCCUAGGGACACCAGGUGAGCACUGCUCCAAAUAGAUUGAGCCCAGACAGGCACUGCCAGCCUCCCCUUCCUGCAGUGGCCACCAGCUCUACCUCCCCCAGCAGGGCGAUGCCCUGGCUGCCCAGUCCUGCACCAUGUGUCACCUGCAACUUCUCAGGAGCCAGCCUGUCUGGGCCUCUGUGUCCCCUGAGGUAAGCUCACACACUGACGGGCACAGGCACAUGGCCUCCCGGGAAAGACUGGCUGCUGCCUUAUCCCCUUCCUCUCCUCUCCCACCUAGACUGGCACCCACGGGUGCCACCCACCCCCAGGCCUGCUCCGUUCUCGCCACAAGGGGAGGCGGGGAGACCAGCCCGUUUGGGUCCUGGAAUCUGAAGAUGGCUGCAUGUUCAGGAGCCUGACUCUGGUGCUGGGCUGCUAGCCUGGCCCAGUCUGUCUUGUCUCAAAUCUAGAUAUUUUUGCUUCAGUUUUUUUUUUUUUUUUUUUUUAAGAAAACAAAAAUCUGCACUAAUUUACCUGGUUUCAUAGGAAAAGUUUUUUUUUUAUUUUUUACAUUUUUUGGUGUCUGUUUGUAUCGAAUGAUUUGCUACAUUUGUAAACUGUAAGAGGUAUAUAUAAUAUAUGUAUAUUUCUAAUGUAAGAAACGUAAUUUUUUCUGUUCAAGAUUUUUUCUUAAAAAGAGGAGAGAAACCAAUAUUUUUUCAGGAAAAAAAAAACUUUAAAUAAAUAAAAAAAAAGAAUAAAAUCUUUUUCUCCCCUUUCCCCAACCUCUGUCCGUCCCUCCUUCCCAGGAAUAGAUAAGGAGGUGGGCUAGCUAAAGAAUGCAAACUCACUCCAGACUAUUUUUUUUCUCACCACAGGGAGUUAGGGGCUGUCGACUCUCUUGUCUUCUCCCAAGGUGUGGGCUGGGGGACACACAGGCGAGUGGACGGGGCCCAGGGUGGGGGCUGAGGGAUGCAGGCGAGUGGACAGGGACCAGAGGUGGGAGGAGUGGGGGGCAGCAGACUUUUUUUCUUUUAGUGAAGGAGGAAUACAAUCAAGUGUUUUGUAUUCAGAAUGUUGUGCAAUAUUUUGGAAUGGGACAUUUGUGUGUGUAGAGAUUUAGUUUAAAAACUAAAGAUUGAUCAAAUCUGUACAGUUUAUAUUGUUCCAGAUUUUUUUAAGUUUGUAUUAAAAGCAUGAUAUAUAAUA